AUGUAUGAUAUAAUUUCUGAGUAUCCAGUUCCCUCUGGUUUUGAUCGUUUUUAUUUUGGAUCAUUGUCUGCUGGAAUAGUCGGUUCGUGCAAUGGCCUAUUGUGUAUUCCUCACUAUAAAGGAGAUUGCGUUGAUGUUAUAUAUUUGUAUAACCCCGUUAUUAGAAAAUUUAAGAGGUUGCCCGAUUCUUCCUUUAGCGAACGAUAUGAUUGGGUUGCUGCCGGAUUUGGUUAUCAGUCCAAGACUAAUGACUACAAGGUUAUAAGGAUCUAUUGUUUAGGUGGUUUUACAAAAUUUGGCAAGCCGAAAAUAAAGUGUCAGUAUGCGGAGGUUUACACAUUAAGCUCGAACUCAUGGAGGAGGGUUGAAAUCUCAUUGAGGCCCAAUGUCAGGUUACAUGGUAACGAGAGUAUUUCACAUGCCACUUUUGCUCGUGAGGCUCUGCAUUGGUUGGUAGAUUUUAUUGAAUAUGAAGACGAAUUGCAAUGUGAAACAAAGAUUUUGUCAUUUGAUGUCUACAAUGAGAAAUCCAGAGACAUAGCACUCCCUGAUGGGGGUAGGACAACUCAACAUAUUGCACUCCCUGAUGGGUGUAGAACUCAACAUAUUGCGGUGUUCAGGGGGAAGUUGGCUUUCAUUACAGUAAACACUGUAAACUAUUACGACCCCUAUAUUACGAUGUGGGUGAUGGAGGAGUAUGGUGAUGUACAUGAAUCAUGGAAUAAACUUUUUUCAUUGCUGAUAAAAACUGAUUUUUUCUAUGGUUGCACCAGGUAUGCUGGACUUCCUGAUGCUUUACAAGGGAAUUUUACUUACGUGGAAAGCCUUGUGUUACUUGAUGGAGGAACUGAGUUAUCUGGAUAG